UUAGCGUUGAAUGAUGUUAUUCGAAGAUACAAUGCAUACCUUCAAGUUAGUUUCCUUGAAUCUGACACCAUCAACGGUGUUGGCAAGUGGCAACUGAAAGAUCACAAUUAACCACAAAUUAGCAAGGGAAAACGUAUACACAUCAAAUCAGAAGGAAGUGAGAAGUUGCGACGCAGAAAGGAUGAUACUUCAUUAAAUGGUGAUGAUCACACUAACCCACAGAUUACUUGGGUGUUCGCAGAAAUUUCAACAAGCAUUAGCAACCUGAUUGUUUUUAUGAUGUCAGAUUCAACUUCUCCUUUACUUCAUCAUUUGAAAACUAAACUUAGAAACUCAAUAUAGUGCAUGAUGGUUAUGAGGUCAAUAUUCUAGGGAAAACAGGGACAUAUAGUUCUCUAGCUCUCUUCAAGUGCAACUUUAUUAAAUAGUUGAGCACAGAAACAACACUCUCAUAAAUCAAAUUCAAGAAAAAAUUUCUAUGGGUUCUCUACAAUCUUAUAUGUAAAAGCUGACUACGCUUUAUUGGCCAAACUUCUUUGGUUACUGUUUCAUUAUGUGUCGUUUAGUGCCUAUCGGUGAAGGGGCUUUGAGAAAUAGCUUCCCCAUUCAGCUCUUCCACACUCAACUACGGAGCUUUCCCUACCUUCCCUUAAUCCAGCGAGCGGCCAUGCCUACCCUUACCGUCCGUACGUGCAGAUCUGCUGCUGCCUAAUCUUCCUCGCCCUGCCAUCCUUUCACCGCUGUCCUAAUCUUUUCCGGAUUUCAGGUCGCUUUUGUUGCUCACACACAACACCGCUACCGGAACCUCUUCCAAACACGCUAGGGGCCAUGAAUCGUACUGUACCUGCUCUACUGUGCUGACCUUGAUUGGCCCUUGGAGCCGGAUUGCUUAGUUUCGUGGUCCUCUCCCACCUUAGUUCUGUGGCCUCUUCUGUUUUCGCGUUCUCUCCAGUUCUCUCCCACCCAUGUCCAGUUCUCGGCUCCCGUCUCUUUCCAAUCUACGUUGGCGUCAUAAAUCAUAAAGUUGCACCUCCUGCAUAUGGAUGGCUGGAAUCCCCUGUCUCCCCGACGGAUUCUACGAGCACUCCACGUUGUGGACGGACGAAUUGCUGUCAGGCCAUCUCAACAGGGUUCUUGCUAUUGGGAGGGUUUAUUUCCUUCACGCCGACAAAAGGUUUGGUGUUAAGAACUCCGUGGCGACGACGGGAAGCAUUAUUCUUGAACAUCUAUUCUCGACCUUGCCUGCAAGUGGCACAGAAAGCAGGACUUCUGAAUGCUCCUGGUCCUGCUAAAAAUUUGAUAUCCAGUUUUGCUCCGGUUAAACCAUGUGGAAAGGGGAAAGGGACCAGUGUGAUGGCUUCUUCAUCAUCUGUUUAUAAAUCUGUCACUAUAGUCGAAGAGGUAGCAGACAACAUGGUAAUACACUUGACUACUAUCAGAAAUCUAGAACAAGCACUUGAAGAAGAGAAAGUUGCUUGUGCUUCCCUUUACCAAUAAUCGGAGAAGGAGAGAGCUGCUGCUUGCAGGUUGCAAGUGCCGCUGAUGAAGCAAUGGCAAUGAUAUUGCGGUUGCAAGAAGAGAAAGCGUCAUUGAAGACAAAGCUGAGGCGGAGUCGUACAAUGGUGGAAGAAACGUUUUCCUAUGAUGAAGAGGAGAUGGACGUUCUGCAUGAGAUCCUUAUCAGAUGGGAGAGGGAGAUCCCUUUCCUUGAGAAGGAAGUCUAAGGUUAUCAUCAGCAGUUGAGCCCACCAACAAAUGCGGAGGUGAAUGGCGAUGUGAGUUACUAUAGCAUGCCAGUGCCACUACCAUGUGUCAAACUCACUCACUCACUAACAAUAAACUUUCUGUUCUGAAAAAAAUGUACUCAGGGAAGGAGAAGACUUGGAGAAUGCUCCAGCAGCUUAGCAGCAGAAGAAGAAAAAUUAGGAUUGACUUACUUACAAUGAGGUGGAGAAUAAAUACUGGAAGGAGGGAGGGAGAUGUGAAUCAGAAGGCUUGCUAGAGGAGGAGAAAGAGCCGCCAGCAGCCCCCAACAUUUUCUUUGCUACUCGCUUGACCUACGAAGUUCUGGUACAUCCUCUCAUCACUGAUUAUGCUAUUGUUUCUGUUUUUUAAGAAUGAAUGAAAUGGAAUGCAGCAGAAGAAGGAAAUAUGAGUUGUUUUGGCGGUCUGGGUUAUUGGAACUGAAAGUUGGGAUGGGGUAUUCAUGUGUGUAUAUAUUAUACUAUUAUAGAAUGUCUGCCAGUUCUGAAAGAUACCGUGCGAGCUGAUGACGACCUAAAUUUUAUAAGAAGGCCCACGGUUUCUCCAUUAGCCAGUCUGUCUUUCAUGUGGAAUAUUUGGUUGAUCAUUGUGUGUGUUGUUUUUUCCAAUUGCAAGGUAUAUUUUUCGGUGUAAUUUUGGUGAAGAAUUUAAAAAGUUCAUGAAGAGUUUACAUAGGGCUUGAGUUGACUCUUUAGUCUUAUACUCUGUAGAUUAUCAUUAUGAUUGCAAGUUGCCUUGCAUAACAAGAUGUCUAAGUUUUUAAACAAAAAUAUGUUACUUGC